UGGGAAAUUUUUUUCUCAUCCACACGUUUAUAAAUUCCUCAGUCAACGUAAAUGUUAUCGAUAUUUCAACGACGGAGAACGACGGUACGGGAUGUUCGGUGUACGCGACUGACAUGCAAUUGACUCGACGUGUCGUGUCGCGCGUUGCGAACGAAUGUAGGUUUGACGUUUGACGAAGUGACGGCGGAAUCUACCCAAUCCAUCGUCCAUCACGGACUUCCUUGAUCGACAUCAUCGUGCGACGUAUCCAAUGGCGGUAUUUUGCUGCUCUGGUAAAGCUGCGCGAGGACGCGGCCGUGUAACGGUAGCACGUCGUUACUGGCGGUCAUGUAACGAUCCCGGACACGUCGUCCAGGGAGCACCGAGUCCGAAAAUCUAAAUGUCAGAAUAUCCGCUGAUCAAAUACGGAAUAUCCCGUUCUCUGACGAAGCUAAGAAUGCGUCGUCGUUAAACGCACCGCGCCGCUGCUGAUAAUUGCCGUACGUUUAUUUGCAACGUCCACGAAGAUGGGCUUUUCCACGAGCCUGCAGGGCCAGGCAUCGCACGAGGCGCUACUGGCUCGCCAGGAUGCCGAGAUCAAGCUUCUGGAGACGAUGCGAAGAUGCCUUACAAUGAAGGUCAAGUCCGAUAGAGAAUACGCUUCUACUGUUUCCUCGCUUAUCGUCCAAGGGAAGAAAAUUGAGCGCAGCGAAGAUCUUGUUGGCAGUCUCAUAGUGCAGAGCUGGAGAGACAUUAUGGACUCUAUCGAUCAGACAGCUAAAUUGAUUAAACAACAGGCAGACAAUAUUGAAAAUGUUGUGGAUCAGUUGAAUACAUUGUAUUCGGAAAGGAGAAGGGCCAGAAAGCUUUAUCAAGAGGAGCAGGCCUGGCUGACUAAUCAGUUUCAACAGUUGACAGAUGAUGUAACUAAGAAAAAACUAGAGUAUCAAAAGAAUCUGGAAAUGUAUAAGUCAAUGAGGUCGCGAUUUGAAGAAUAUUAUGUCAAGUCUGGCCGGGGUGGUCGCAAAUUAGAUGAAGUAAGGGAAAAAUAUCAAAAGGCAUGCAGGAAACUUCAUCUAACGCACAAUGAAUACGUAUUAUUACUAGGUGCUGUGACAGAAUGCGAACAUGAUUUAAGAACCUGUUAUUUGCCAAGUUUGCUUCAUCGGCAACAAGCUAUUCACCAAGAAUUUAUAACUUCGUGGAAAGGAGUACUUCAGGAUAUUGUAAGAUACUCGGAUUUUACAACAGAGAAAUUUCUGGAGAUCCAUGUACGAGUGCAAAAGAUAGUUGACAGUAUUAAGCCUAUCGAAGAGUAUAGAGAUUUUAUUGGAAAGCAUAAAACUAGGCCAGCAUCUCCAAUCAGAUUCACGUUUGACGAGAAUCUUGUGGAUGAUACCUCAGGGAAAUUAUUGCCAAAUAAGUUGACUGUAGAUAAUCUAACUAUAGAUUGGUUGAGAACUCGUCUUACGGAACUCGAAGCUUCUCUCAAGACCACACAACAAAAUCGACAGAGUCCUCAAUUUUUGCAAGAAAAUAAUAGUGAUUCUAAGAUUUUAGUUUUGGACUAUUCUCGCGAAAGGGAAGAACUGAAAUUACGUUGUCAGGAGAAAAAAUUACAAAGACAGGUGGAAGCCAUUAGGAGUGCGCUUAAUGAAUUAGGCUGUGAAGAAUUACCUCCGGGUUGCGACCUCUCUGUAGAAGGUUCUUUCACUGAUUCACCUACAAUUAAUAAAAGAAAGAGAGUUGUAGACAGUGGUCUGUUCACAUUAAGGAGAAAUCAACGAUUUAUGACAAUAUUAAAAUCACCUUUUAAAUCCUUGCCAGCAAUUAAUGAUUCAAAAAACGGACUAAUUAGGGCAAAUAGCGAAGGGCCUACAGCCAAAGCAGACAAUAAUAUCCCCCCUGUUGUACCGUCGCAUUUAAUUAACAACCAAAAAAAUAACGGCGAUCUUAUAGAGGAGGAAUGGUUUCACGGAGUGCUACCGAGAGAAGAAGUCGUAAGAUUACUUGUUAACGAAGGAGACUUUUUAGUACGCGAAACAAUGAGAAAUGAUGAAUGUCAGAUAGUUUUAUCCGUUUGUUGGGACGGGCACAAGCAUUUUAUCGUACAAACUACAGAGGGUCACUAUAGAUUUGAAGGACCCACAUUUCCAUCUAUUCAAGAACUAAUCAGGCAUCAGUGGCUAUCCGGCUUGCCGGUGACUAGUCGAUCUGGUGCUAUUCUUAAAACGCCAAUAUUGCGCGAGCGAUGGGAGCUUAAUAACGAUGAUGUCAUCCUUUUGGAGAAAAUAGGUCGAGGAAAUUUUGGGGAUGUUUACAAGGCGCAACUGAAGACUUGUAAGACUGAAGUAGCCGUGAAAACGUGCAAAAUAACGUUACCGGACGAACAGAAACGCAAAUUUUUGCAAGAAGGAAGAAUAUUGAAGCAAUAUGAUCAUCCGAACAUAGUCAAAUUGAUUGGUAUCUGCGUUCAAAAACAGCCGAUUAUGAUCGUGAUGGAACUGGUGCCUGGUGGUUCGUUACUUACGCAUUUACGGAAGAAUGCCAGUACAAUAACCCAGCGGGAGCAAUUGCGUAUGUGCAAGGAUGCUGCAGCUGGCAUGAGCUACUUAGAAUCUAAGUAUUGCAUUCAUAGAGAUUUAGCCGCUCGCAAUUGUCUCGUAGGUAAAUAAAAAUUAUAUUUAAAUCAUU